GUCCAGAUUCGCCGCCAAUGGCAUUAGAAAUUGGAUUAUCCGGGGAAAGUGGAGCGCCCCGCGCCUCGGAUGCCGACGCUGUCAGCUAAUUGCACGUAUAUCCAUAAACUGGACGCUAGAGUGGCAGGUAAAUGUUUGGCGUGCACGACAAACGAGCAAUCCGAGUCCCAGCUUGGAGACGGGUGGGGGUACAAGUCAUCGUCGUCAUCGUAUAACAGUGGAGAGUGACGACUCAUCGGCCGUACCUCGCUCGCUCCGCGUUCGAAACGUCAAGUCCGUCGCAAAAUUUCCAGUGUCUCGCUCCGCAGUUUCCUUCGUUACGUCAUCGGUCUCGCUUGAGGACAAACGGUGGAGUACGUGUACUCGCGCACGAUGAAGUGGUUCGCGGGGAGCAUCAACGAGGCGGUCGCGACGUCCAAGUCGAGGAAGGCGGUCUUCGUCGUGUUCGUCGAAGGCAAGGACGACGCGUCGGUGCAACUCGCCCGGGCGAUUGACGCUCCGGAGGUCUCCUCCCGCCUGGAGGGCGAGCACUUUGUGGCCAUAAGAUUGGAAAGCGGGUCCGAAGCUUAUAGAUUCUUCGCGCAGAUCUAUCAACUGGUGCCGGUGCCGUCCUUAUUCUUCAUUGGGGAAAAUGGCACGCCACUGGAAAUCAUUGCUGGUAGCACAACUGCGGCCGAAUUACUGUCCAAAAUCGAUAAUGUGCUGACCAAGGCAGGGAAGAGUAAUAAACAAUCUUCGUUAAGCUUAAUCGAUGCGGAACAGAGAGCUGCAGCCGCCGGUGGCAGCAGUAAUAAUAAUACCGUUGAGACUACUUCACCUAAUAUCAAUGAUAACAAUUCCAACCCGAAUACAGAUUUAACUUCUGGCGUGACAGAGUUGGUUGUGCCAGACCUUUCAAAUAAUGACAACAAUGUCACAGAAGAUGCAGCGAAGGCUGCGACUUCAUUAAACACAGGGAAUCGAGACAAUAAUGAGGCAUCCGCGAAGACGAAUGCUGAAACUAAUCAAAAUAAGGAAUUAACAGCCGAGGAAAAGGUCGAAAGAGCACGGCAGUUAAUUGAGUUACAACGAAAACAACGACUAGACGAGGAGCAGAAGAAAGACCGGGAACGCGAGAUCGAACGACGCAAGAUGGGGCGUGACGUGCAAAAAAUACGGCAAAUGCAGCAAGAUCUGGAGAUAAAGCAAGCUCACGAGGAGAGGAUGCGAGAGAAGGCUGCCGAGGCUGCGGCUCGCGAGAAAGUUAGGCAACAAAUCGCUCAGGAUAAGCUGGAACGAAAACAAAAGGAGCUUGCGCUGCAGCAACAAAUGCAACAGCCGCAGUGUCAAGAGCAACCCAGGUACAAUGCGGCACCUAGUAACGCGACUGUGACGAGAAUUCAGUUUAGACUACCGUCCGGCAAUUCUCAUACAGGACAAUUUGAACCAUCCGAUACUCUGCGCACCUUACGCACCUACGUUACCGAGAACAUCGACUUACCUUUCCGACAAUUCGCCAUGUCGACAUCAUUUCCCAGAAGAGAACUGACUAACGAGGAAAACGACAAAACACUUUUGGAACUUGAAUUAGUCCCGACCGCCGUUAUUCUAAUUCUUCCCUUGAAAAAUGUAAAUACAUCUAACGUUACAACAGUGGUAACUUCAACGCAAGACGUUGGGUUCUUCUCUCGCUUCAUAUGGUCCUUUUUCACGCCCGUUAUUCGUAUUUACAAUUACAUAGUAGGCUACUUUUCCGGCACUAAUGGAGACGCUAAUCAACAACGUGGCGAUUCCAACAGUGAUUCUACAGAAACGACGAACAACCCCGACAGAGCUGUUUCACCGAAUCGGCGAAACGUAGUUCAAUCUUCGGGUUUGUUUAGAAGAUACUUGGGUAAUCAAGGAGGGACUACAAUCAGGGCGCAAGGGAAUAUACAUAGACUACAUUCAGGCGGGGAUGAUAAUGAUGAGAAUAACACUUGGAACGGUAACUCCACGCAGCAAAUGUAAAGUAACGCAAAUCUCGCGCCAGUCACGUUGCAAUCGCUAUUCAAUCAAUUACUAUUCCCGUUAUGAUAAAUCGUUAUGAUCUAAUUAAUAUUCGACGCUUUUCACUCUUUGUUGUACAAAACUUAUCUGCAACAUAUUCUUUAUUAAUACACAAGCAGUUUUAACGGAAUUCUCUGUCAUAAAUGUUUAAAUAUUCGUCAGUAACAUUACAAGAACGAGUAUUUGUUAAUUGAUUAGCAAUAAUGUGAGCAUUGUAUCUGGAUUGUUAUCAUAAUAGAACGUUUAUUGUAAUGCAAAAGGGUGUAACAUUAAUGCAUUAUGAUAAAUCGAUAAGAUACAUUUCGAAAAAAGAUCGUGGAAAUAUUGAGCCACAAGUGAUACAUGGACCAAAUGUGAAACGGUUCGUAAAAACAAACGUGCAACUACAAGUUUCGCGAAUGUUUUGAUUUUAGAUUUUUGAAAUUUUAAUAUCUAUAUAGGUUUAUUGAUCUUAAGUUAUAUCGAUGCUACUGCAAGUUUCUUUUCUUCUUUUAUCCGAUUAAAAUUUUUUCUUUGAACUUCGGAAAACAAUGCAACGUUGUCCGUGUGUAAUUUAAUAUAACGACAGUUAAUUAUAUUAAGAUUCGAUAAAUAUAUUCUUUGUUAAUGAUGUUAAUAAUAUUCAUUAUUUUUUAUUAUACUUUGUAGUAUAAUAAGAGUAUAAUUAUGUGAGUCAAUAUAACUACAUAGUCGAAAUAACUAGAUACCGAAAUCCGCGCGUGUAAUAUGUAAAUGUCUUUAUGCGAAAUAAUAUAAUUAGGGAUGAUUAUUUUCUGAAGAUAGUAAACGAGCACAGAAUUUGAAUGAGAUGCAGGCCUGUCUUAAUGCCUAAAGAAAUAAAUAGAAAGGUUCAUGGC